GGCGAACGAGGGCGUCGGCCAUUUUGUGUCUGUUUCCUGUGGGACGCGGUGGUGGCCGUUGGGUCGGGAGAGUGAGAGGUAUUUGCCUCGUUUUUCCUGCUUGUUUUUUCCCCCUUAUACUUUCUCGGUAGAGCGCGGUUAUGGGUCGCAAGAAGAAGAAGCAGCUGAAGCCGUGGUGCUGGUAUUGUAAUAGAGAUUUUGAUGAUGAGAAGAUUCUUAUACAACACCAAAAAGCAAAACAUUUUAAAUGCCAUAUAUGUCAUAAGAAGUUGUACACAGGACCUGGCUUAGCUAUUCAUUGCAUGCAGGUGCAUAAAGAGACAAUAGAUGCUGUACCAAAUGCAAUACCUGGGAGAACAGACAUCGAAUUGGAAAUAUAUGGUAUGGAAGGUAUUCCAGAAAAAGACAUGGAUGAAAGAAGACGACUUCUUGAACAGAAAACACAAGCAGAGAGUCAAAAAAAGAAGCAACAAGACGAUUCUGAUGAAUAUGAUGAUGAUGACUCUGCAGCUUCAACUUCAUUUCAGCCACAGCCUGUUCAACCUCAACAAGGCUAUAUCCCUCCAAUGGCACAGCCAGGACUGCCACCAGUUCCGGGAGCCCCAGGAAUGCCUCCAGGCAUACCUCCAUUAAUGCCAGGUGUUCCUCCUCUGAUGCCAGGAAUGCCACCAGUUAUGCCAGGCAUGCCACCUGGAUUGCAUCAUCAGAGAAAAUACACCCAGUCAUUUUGCGGUGAAAACAUAAUGAUGCCAAUGGGUGGAAUGAUGCCACCUGGACCAGGAAUACCACCUCUGAUGCCUGGUAUGCCGCCAGGUAUGCCCCCUCCUGUUCCCCGUCCUGGAAUUCCUCCAAUGACUCAAGCACAGGCUGUUUCAGCUCCAGGCAUUCUUAAUAGACCACCUGCUCCAACAGCCACAGUUCCUGCUCCACAGCCUCCAGUUACUAAGCCUCUUUUCCCCAGUGCUGGGCAGAUGGGGACACCUGUAACAAGCUCAAGUACAGCUUCAUCCAAUUCAGAAAGUCUGUCUGCAUCUUCUAAAGCUCUGUUUCCUAGCACAGCACAAGCUCAGGCAGCUGUCCAAGGACCUGUUGGUACAGAUUUCAAGCCCUUAAAUAGUACCCCUGCAACAACUACAGAACCCCCAAAGCCUACAUUCCCUGCUUAUACACAGUCUACAGCUUCAACGACUAGUACAACAAAUAGCACUGCAGCUAAACCAGCGGCUUCGAUAACAAGUAAGCCUGCUACACUUACGACAACCAGUGCAACCAGUAAGUUGAUCCACCCAGAUGAGGAUAUAUCACUGGAAGAGAGAAGGGCACAGUUACCUAAAUAUCAACGUAAUCUUCCUCGACCAGGACAGGCUCCCAUUGGUAAUCCACCAGUUGGACCUAUUGGAGGUAUGAUGCCACCACAGCCAGGCAUCCCACAGCAACAAGGAAUGAGACCCCCAAUGCCGCCUCAUGGUCAGUAUGGUGGUCAUCAUCAAGGCAUGCCAGGUUACCUUCCUGGUGCUAUGCCACCAUAUGGGCAGGGACCGCCAAUGGUGCCCCCUUACCAAGGUGGGCCUCCUCGACCUCCAAUGGGAAUGAGACCUCCUGUAAUGUCGCAAGGUGGCCGUUACUGAUCUUACUUCAUCCAGUCUAAUAGGUUUGGAGAUUAAACCUUUUCUCAACUUGUGCUGUUUAUAUAGCCAAGCUUCCGUCAAUAAGGCUUCAUUGUGACUUUAACAAACAUUAUCUUCCCACAUACCAGGAACUAUUGGACAUUUAUUUUACAUGGGAAAAAUUAUUUGGAAUAAUAAAGCAGGAACUUUUCCUGAAGUUGCAAUUUAUACUGUAUGGCUUCUUUUUCAUGUUUCAUCUAGGUUUUUAGAAGUGAAGUAUAGUAAAUUUGGUUCGUUAUAUUGUGAAGGCGCUGGAAUUACAUGAACAUACCACCUUAAUAAAGGCAAGUUCUGUAAGCUUACAUUGCUAUUUGUAAAGUUAUGCCUUCACAGCAUUUCAGAUGCUGUUGGACUUAACGUCCCCAACCUAGCUUGGUGAGGGCUGUAACUGUUCCCGAGACCUGUACAUUGGAAGUCUGAAUGUAUAACAAUAUUUAAUGUAUUUAGAGUUCCUCAUGUUGCAGGGUUUAAGAAAUCUGACCCACCAAGGUCAUGUGACUUUUCUGUACUGUUAAACUUCAUUGUAAUAAAAUGAGAGAAAAACUUACGCCUUUUUAUUCAUAACCUAGCUGUGGACCACUGCCUGAAAGGUUUGUACAGAUGCAUGCCACAGUAGAUGUCCACAUAAUAAAAAUCAUAGUUACCAAUGCAGUUUUGAUAUAUCAUUGGAUUCUGUCUUUGAAUUGUAGGUUGUUCCUUAGCUGCAUGUUUAAACUGGACAAUAUAUAUAGAAUUGUAUGUUAGUGCUUAAGUUGACAGAAAAACUUCGAUACAUAUGAGUCAUUACAUAGUGGAUAUGAAAUCUUUAUAUUGUGUCACCUUUCCAUGCCCUUGGUGUCACUACAUGUUAGAUGUCUUAGAUAUUUAAAAUGUAAACCUUAGUAUUUCCUCUUCAUUGCUGAUGAAGUUUAGAGCCUAGUGCCAGACCCAUUCAUUUCCUUCUGAUCAUUUUUGAGACUGCAGUACUGCGUGGACCUCAGAAGCUUUUCAGGUGCAGACUUCUAGAAGCUUAGGUGCAUGCAGUAAUAGCUUUUUGCUGUUAAUGGAUUAGAAUCUUUUCUAAGUGUAAUGCCAGAAUAAGUGUACCUCUGUUAGGAUGGCUAACAGAUGGAUUCAAAAUUUUAUUUUAUGUUCCUGGAAAAUUACAUUAUUUCUUUGAUUAAGAUGACUACCUUCUGUUAUUAUAAAGCCUAACUGGCUUUCCUGUUAACCUUUUCAUUCUUGGAAAUUUGAAUGUUACUGUGUCCUGUGAAGAAGUUUUCUGUAGAGGCGACACUGCUGUUAGUGUUUUGUGUUGCAAGUCUCCUACAGUAAUAGCUCUUGUUAACCUUUUUUUUGGCAUCCAUUUUUUUAAUCUUUAUUUUUGCAAGGUACUUUUACGAUUAAGUAUCAAAUGAUCUACACAAAGCAUGAUUAUUAGUAUAAUGAACUCAAGUUGAGUUUUUCUCAACGUAAAGUUAAGAUUUGUAAGAAAAUGGUAAUUUUUUAUAACCUACAUGUGAAGGUGUAGAUAAUUAUAUGAAAUCUGAGUUUUUGUUUCCAAAAAAAUGUUUUAAUCUUAUAGGAAAACACUGAAAAUUUUCAGUCAUAAAAGAGUUGGUAUUUAAGUGACAAGUAAAAGUCAUUCAUUCAUUGAAACAAAACAUUCAAAUAUUUACAAUGCUGAGUGAGUUUUUAUUCAGAUAUUUUGGUCCAGUGAAAUGUUUUAUAGCUCUUUUCUUGUACCAUUGAGGUUCAGAAAACUCCAUAGCUUGAAAAGACAACAUUUUUGUAUCACCAGGAAUGCAUUUCCUUCUUCCAACAGCUAAGCCCCAUAUCACUACCCUUUCCCUCACCAAACACCUGCCUGUUCCAGUAGUUUUGGAAUUAACUUAGAUUUGGCAGCACAUUUAUCAGACUGCCCAAGAGGAGCCUGUGUAAAAAUUUGUAAGGUAGAAGUGGCAUGAUUUAAUUUAGAAUGAUUAAAUAGGAAGUGUUUUCCCAAACCAAAUGUCUUUAAAGCGUUUCACGUAAUGUACAGGCUUAUCAACAAAGUACAAAUGGGUUAGUGAUGUUUCAAAACUUAUGCAAAGCUUUAUUUACAUUUAAUGCAAAGAUAACUGAUAUUUUAUAUCAAGGCUUGUUUUCUAAAGUCUGAAGGGAAAAAAAUUACUUUCAAAUAAGUUGUAGAACUUCAAUUUUAAUUAAAAGUUAAUCCAAAGUGUUAAUGCAUGACACUUAAGCAUACUGUCUCCUGUGUUGUGUUAGAUAUGGCCCAGGUGGUGCCCAUUUGGUAUAUUUAAAGUGUAAUUUGUGCAUGCAUCAGCAUAAUUAAGCUUCUAGAAAAUACGUUUUACCUAACUGCUUCUGGGGUCCAUAGUGUGGUUAAAUCAUGAGUACAACAAAUCAUGUUGAGAUAAUAAACUCUUACUUUGACUUAUGCUUCCUUAAAGUAAUAGAUGGAGUUGAGUUGAAGUAAACUUCCAUUUGCCCUCACAGAAGACAUCCUUUAGGACUUGCUAUAUUCAGGCAGGCAUUGUGAUUGCCAUAAUUUAGGAAUUUGUAAAAUUAAUGGGAUUGCCAGCUUUGGCUCUCCCUUAGUCCACUCCUAUGUUACCUUUUUAAAACAAAACAAAACUAAACUGACGUUUUGUCUGGCACUAGUUUCUAUUGUGUAUAGAUUUUACCUAAUGUAUGACAGAACAACAGCAGCAGGUGAGGAUCAACUUUUGAGUGGCUGCUGGAAUUACUGUUUAAUUUGAAUACUUGUAUUUUAGUAAUAAUUGCACCCAUUUACCAUUAGGAAUGGGGAAAAUACUCCUAGUGUACUACUAUUCCACUGAUCAAGUUACAUAUUCAGCUUAAACUCAGCUUAAUUGAACUUAGUUAUUUGGGGGGGGGGGGAGAUCCCCAACAAAAAUAAGUAUGGGUUCAGAGUGGGAUUAUAGCAGACAGUAGUUUUUUUUUUUUUUUUUUUUAAA